CCACUCUUGGGAUCAGUCAGGUGCGAAGCACCCAAUCGAGCGGACGCUUUUUUGUUUACCUUCCGAACUUCGAUCAAACUAAGGGUUAGACAUUUUUCGAAAUUCGAAAAUCUUCGGUCGGAUUGUUGGUAGUUCUGCGCCCUAGAGCCGGUAAUUUAUUGACGUGAUUGUGAUUGAGGAUGUCACGUGAUAUUCUGAAAUGGUGCUAACCCAAGUGAUUCUAGCCUAUUGAUUCUAGGCCGUGGAUUGUGAAACAAAGUACGAAUGAUCGGUGAACUAGAAAGUCCUUGUGGACAAUAAAACCAUAUAAACUGAUUGUGGAAGUGCCCGAGUGGAAACCAAGAUUGGGAUUAUCGCGACAGGAAAUUAAAACAUUCUACCACUCUAUACCGAAAAGGACACCCGCAGCAGCAUUUGUCUUAUAUUUUGUGAUAGCCAACUCAGCUGAGGGAUCCUUUUCGGCCGACAGUUGCUGGGUUCAAGAUGGCACACCUAUCACCACCUCCAUCGCCACCGGUUUUGGCAAGCCAAAUGCCGGCCAACCCACUGGAACUGAAUGCUUCCUCAACAAAUCUGAUGCAGCGAGCGUCAGCGUUCAGUUCCGUGUUGGGACAGAAAUGGAGUGCACGAGAUCUUCCCCUGCUUUACAACCCACUGUUCUAUUCGGGAGCGGCAUUCCUAUGGCCACAGUUCCUGCUGCCUCAGCAGCCCAUCACACCUAUCUCGCCGAAUUUGGUUAGUUCCAGAGACUACACUUUAACUCCGGAGAAGGAAGAAAUCAUCGACGAGGAUAUGCCACUGAAUUUGUCGAUGAAACCAUCCGCGUCAACACCAAAUUCUCGAUCGGUGGCGGCGGCAGCCGCAGCCGCUUCUCUGGCCCACUCCAUCCAUAUUUGGUCACCGGCCAGCAUGUGCGAGAAGGAAACCACGGACGAUUCUCAAAGUAAUAUUGACAUCGAAAAUGACAACGACGGCGACUCGUCUAGCGGUGGCGAGCUGCAGAUCGAUGAGUCUUUCGAACAGCAUCGACAUCGGCAGCAGCUGAUGGAGAGCCAAAAGGCUCGCAUCCUAACAGAAUAUAACAAUUUACUGCUAAACAGUGGCGCUGCCAGUGGGAAAAAUGAGCGGAACUACUUCAACUAUAGUAAGAUCAGCAAGGGUUACUUUACUCAUUUGCAGCAACAGCAGAAGAACCUGGAGAUUCUCAGACAGAAUCGUACGGAUGUGUUUGUAGUGAACAAUAAUGACAGCAAUAGCAGUAAUAAUAACAAUAACAACAGGGACGGUGUGAAGAAUAACAAUGUCAGUGCGUUCAGUGAUAGUAGUGCUAGUGUUGAGUUCCGGAUUAAGAACGAGAUCACGAGACCAGAUUCGACCGGGCACAGUGACGGUUAUGUGUUCAAGCGAGAGCCCGGUCAUGGACUGGCUGGAAGUGAGGAGAAAAAACCGGCCCGACUGUAUCAGUGCAAACAGUGCGGUAAAACCUUCAAACGCUCCAGCACGCUAUCUACUCAUCUGCUGAUCCACAGCGACACCCGGCCGUACCCGUGCCAGUAUUGUGGCAAGCGGUUCCACCAAAAAUCCGAUAUGAAGAAACAUACGUACAUCCACACCGGUGAAAAACCGCACAAAUGCGUUGUCUGUCUGAAAGCAUUCAGUCAGAGCUCGAAUCUGAUCACCCACAUGCGCAAGCACUCCGGCUACAAACCCUUCUCAUGCGGGCUCUGCGAGAAGGCCUUUCAGCGGAAGGUGGAUCUGCGGCGUCAUCGCGAGGGGCAACACAGUGACCUCGUGGGCGGGGGGCAAACGCUUCUGCCGUCGGCAGAGGAUUACAAACCCGUCAUUGUUACCGUGGAUAACUGUUCCACCGUUACCCUGGGUGCUAACUCUUCUGCGACGAAUCACACCGAUAUGGGCAGCCCCGGGCGCGAUUCACCAAGCUCAGCCACCGUUGCGGCAGUUGCUGCAGCAGCAGCCGCCGCCGCCGCUGCCUCAGCCACCAGUACUGGGUUCCAUCGUCACCAUCAAGAGCACCAACACCAUCAGAAUUAUAACCAACAUCACCGUCACCACGCGGAAAUUAAAAUGGAAGUUAGCAGCAGUUGUUCUUGAUUUUGUCCGAGUUGGGCCCUCUCUGCGGUGUCGAUUUAGUUUAUAUUUAUGUUGUAUUUUUCAAACCCCAGCCUACUGACGAUUAAAAAAAAACGCUGAGGGCAUGAUUACCUAUCAAGCGAGUCGAAAAGGAACACACGAACAACAACAGAUGUUGCUCAAUUAGGACGCUUCUUCUUUAGGGUUGUUAAAAUUGCAACCAAACAACAGAAAUAACUAUCGCCUGCUGCUGUUGUUUCUGUUGUUUUUGUAAAGCCGUUGCUGCCACACGCGUCAGAUGACGUUUCGGCUCUUCUGGUUUACUUUUGCGGCUACGUCCGUAGCUUGUCGGAGUAUACAUAAUUUAUUAUAAGAAACCGCAAUCAAUGGGAUUGCCAAUGGUGUGAAAAAUCAAUUGUAGUACUGAUGCUUCUGAAUUAUCAGUUACGAAAUCCUACGAACCUGUACAGCCUAGUAGUACUAUUCAAUCGAGUUACAGACGUACUGUUCUUAAAAUGUAAGUGAUUUUAAGCAUUUUUGCUUAAGAGAAUGUUUCGAUCUAGUUCAGCCAAAAUUAUUUUUGGCUAUUCCUUACGAAAAGCGAAGCUUCGAAAACCAAAACUUGAGUGUUAGCAUUUAAUCAUUUCCUAGUUUGUAAAUACCGAUAAGUUAUUGCGAAUGUACUUUGCAACCCAAUUUAAACUACUGUCUAGUCUUCUGUGAAACAAUUAAGAAACCCUUUAAGUAUCUAAUAGCUGGAAGGGGUUCCGAAUUGAAGGGGAAACGAAAGGCGCUUUUGUUACCGAAAACAUGUCAGAAGGGGCCGUUCCUCCUGGUUAGUUCUAUUUAGUCUAACAAACGAUCUUAUGGGACACCACGGCAUGACACGCCCUAAAACUACAAGCACACACUCACACACACGUUAGUCAUGAAUAGAGUUCUUACUUUUAUUCACAAACAGCUACUGAACCAAAGACUCUAUGCGUAAACAAGAAAAUCGAAGGCACUUUUGUAAUUGUAUACUUGAACUGCUGCUAUUCUGCUUUUCGUCUCCUACUGUACUUAUGUCCUGUACCCUGUAACCCCCAUUGUCCUUAUUAGGUAGUGAAUCCGUCCAUGAAUUAGUCAUACUUCCUUCCUAGUAUGAAGCAAAAAUUAUCUUUCUAUUUGUUAUUUAGUCUUUAGUGAUCAAAAAAUAUGUCUACAAAAUCAGCUGAAAUGAAGAUAAUCCAAAAACCGAGUAAAUUGUAGGUAUUAAGUUUUAUUUUAUGCUGUAAUCAAUUGUUAGCUCACUAGUAACUUAUGUUAGUCAAAUAUUUUAUGUACAUAAAGGUAAUUUAGAAAAUAUGAGCUUCAUUUACUAGCAUAUGCAGUAUGUACUACUAUUUUUAUUAUAUUCGAAAAUGUUAGAUUUUACGUUCACAACAGCAACUCCCAGUAGCCGAUCGUUGUAUAUUUUUGA